GCAUCCGGGCUCCGCCACCAUGUUCAGGCGGAUUCUGCAGCGGACUCCGGGUAGAGGUGGGUCUCAGAGCUCGGAUUCGGAUUCAUCUGCCACACCAGGAAAUGCUGUGGAAGUGAACAAUGAAGGCUCUUCCGAGGGCUUCAUCUGUCCACUAUGUAUGAAAGUGUGUGUAACUCCCACUGAUCUGUCUGAACAUUACCAGAAUGAGCACACUGGGACAGAAGGAAGACAGGAGCUGCGUGACCUCCCAGCUGUUACUGGCUUUAUUUGUCCUCUCUGUAUGAAGUCUCAUGGAUCAGCUGAGGAGCUGUUCAAGCACUAUGAAGCAGUUCAUAAUUCUGGCAUUGAUUCAACUCAUGGAGGGGAAGGUCAUCUGUCACCGGAAAGAGAUGAAGUAUCACUGCUCCGACAAGAAGUCCAAGACUUGCAAGCUUCGCUGAAGGAGGAGAGGUGGUAUUCAGAAGAGCUGAAGAAGGAACUAGAGAAAUUGCAGGGGCAGCGGCAGCAAGAUUCUAAGUCUGAUGGAUUGACAACGGCUACAUCUACAGAAUCAUUAGAACGGCAACUAGAAGAGAUCCAAAUAGAAAAUUUUAACAUUAAGCAAAUGAAAGACUUAUUUGAGCAAAAAGCGGCACAACUGGCCACUGAAAUUGUGGAUCUUAAAUCAAAGUAUGAUGAAGAAAUCAGCCUUCGGGAAGGUGCAGAACAGAAAGUGACAAACCUGACACAAGAACUGCAGCAGGAGAGAAGUACAGUAGAAGACUUAAAGACAGAGCUGCUGCAAAGGCCUGGUGUGGAAGAUGUGGCUGUCCUGAAAAAGGAGCUGGUCCAAGUUCAGACGCUGAUGGACAAAAUGACGCUGGAACGUGAGAGAGAAUCUGAAAAGCUGAAAGAUGAGUGCAAGCACUUGCAGGCAGAGCAGGCUAACUCGGAGGCUACCAUUAAUCAGUUAAGAGCUGAACUUGCCAAAGGACCUCAGGAGGUAGCUGUGUAUGUUCAGGAGCUGCAAAAACUUCAAAGUUCAGUCAAAGAGCUAGAACAGAAAAACCAGAGUCUGAUUGAGAAGCUGCUGAAGAAGGAACAGGAUUACACCCAGCUAGAAGAAAAACACAAUGAAGUAUCUGUGAGUAAGAAGAACGUGCAGGCAAGCUUUCACCAGAAAGACCUGGACUGCCAACAGCUUCAGGCAAAGCUGUCUGCAUCUGAAGCCUCGAUACAGAGAUUACAGACAGAGCUAGGUGAGAAGGGGGAAGCAAGCCAGAAACUUAAAGAAGAGUUGUCCGAAGUAGAAACAAAGUACCAGCAUCUCAAGGCUGAAUGUAAACAGCUCCAGCAGCAGAGGGAGGAAAAAGAGCAGCAUGGCCUGCAACUCCAAAGCGAGCUCAGUCAGUUGCACAGUAAACUUCUAGAAACAGAGCGCCAGCUAGGGGAAGCGCACGGGCGGCUCAAGGAACAGAGGCAGCUGUCUGGUGAGAAACUGAUGGACAAAGAGCAGCAGGUGGCUGAUCUGCAAUUAAAACUUUCUCGUGCUGAAGAGCAGCUAAAGGAAAAAGCAGCAAAUUCCACAGAAUUGCAACAUCAAUUAGAUAAGGCAAAACAGCAGCACCAGGAACAGCAGACACUUCAGCAAAAUACUACAGCAAAACUACGAGAAGCCCAGAAUGAUUUGGAGCAAGUACUACGACAAAUUGGAGAUAAGGACCAAAAAAUUCAAAAUCUUGAGGCUCUGCUUCAAAAAAGCAAGGAAAACAUCUCUCUGCUAGAAAAGGAAAGAGAAGACUUAUAUGCAAAAAUUCAAGCUGGGGAAGGAGAAACUGCAGUUCUUAACCAGCUACAAGAGAAAAACCAUGCAUUGCAAAUACAGGUAACUCAGCUGACAGAGAAGCUGAAGAACCAAUCAGAAAGUCAUAAACAAGCCCAAGAGAAUUUGCAUGAGCAAGUGCAGGAGCAAAAGGCACAUCUAAGAGCUGCUCAAGACCGUGUGCUUUCCCUGGAAGCAAACAUCACUGAACUAACCAGCCAGCUAAAUGAAAGUAAAGAGAAAGUAUCACAACUUGAUGUACAGGUAAAAGCAAAGACUGAAUUGCUGCUUUCAGCAGAAGCAUCGAAAGCUGCUCAAAGAGCAGAUCUUCAGAAUCAUCUGGACACUGCCCAGCAUGCACUGCAAGAUAAGCAACAGGAGUUAAAUAAGGUCAGCCUUCAGUUGGAUCAGGUUACAGCUAAGCUGAAUGACAAGCAGGAAUACUGUGCUCAGCUGGAAGCCAGUCUUAAGGAGUACAAAGAGAAAUGUCUUUAUUUAGAACAGAAAACUGAAGAGCUAGAGGGACAGCUUAAGAAACUUGAAGCUGACAUUCUUGAUGCUAAAGCAAGCAAAGAACAAGCUCUUCAGGAGUUACAGCAGCAGCAACAGCAAUCUACGGAAUUAGACCUCCGAACAGCAGAACUGAGUAAACAACUUGAAGCAGCAAGAGAAGCGAUGUCUAAUGCUAAAUUGGAUUUGCAGAAGAAAUCUGAGGCCCUUGAACAAGCAAAACGGCAAAUUUCAAAGCAGGAGGAGGAAAAGGCCAGCCUCAAACAAAACCUUGAGAAAUCAAAUCAAGAUACAAGUAAACAACUCAAGGAAUUAGAUUGUAAAAUGCAAGCAGCAACAUCAGAGCUCCAACAAGUGAAAUUAGAGAAGGAUACUCUAUUAAAGGACCUUACAGCUACCAAAGACAAGCUCUCAAAAAGUUCUGAAUCCUUCAAAAAAAGAAAAGAGGAAUUAGAAAAAGAAAUACAAAAAGAAAAAGCAGCUGUGGCAGAAAUGGAAAAAUCUUGCCAAGAAGUAAAACACCAGCUCCAGGUACAAACAGAGUCUGUAGCUAAAGAGAGGAAUGAAUUGAAAAACUCACUGGAAAAAAAGGAGGGGAUUUCUAAGCAGUUGUCGAUAGAACUUGAUUCAGCACGAGCACAAAUACUGGAAAUUCAGGGUCUUCUGAAGGAGAAAGAAAAAAGCGAGCAACAUCUCCAGGGAAAGCUGAGAGAGUUAAAGGAAUCUUUUGAGCAGAAGAAAAAACAUAGUGAGACACUGCAAGCUGAAUUAAAAACUGCCCUUUUAGAAAAGGCAGAACUGGAGAAUAAACUGCAACAGCAGUCUAUUUUGUCAGCACAGGAGCUUAAAGCAGAGAAAGUCAAGCUAGCAGACUUACAGAAGACCCAUGAAAAACAUAAGGAAAACGUGGAGAAGCUGCAGCUUGACCUUUAUGGGAAAGAGUCUGAGCUGCUGGCAACCAGGCAAGACCUUAAGUCCACAGAAGAAAAACUUGCUCUGGCUCAAGAAGAAUUAGUUUCCAGCAGAAAUCGAAUUGCUAGCAAUAAUCAGCAGAUUCAGGAACUGAAGAAAGCAAAGUCUACACUGGAGCAGGAUGCAUCAAAGAAGGAGCAGCAGCUGGGCGAGAAGACCAAAAUGUUACAGGAUCUUCAGAAUGACAGGAUUUUGAAAGAAAAAGACUUGGCUAAUGAAAAAUGUAAAACAACAGAGCUCCAGGAAAUAAGGAGUAGACUUGAAAAAGAAAGUGCCAAGCUGGGUGAAGAGCUUAGAGCCUGCAAGCAAGAGUUUGAGAAGGAGGUGGCAAAUCUCAAGGAUGCAAAACAGCUAUUGAUUCAACAGAAAUUAGAGCUGCAGAGCAAAAUAGAUAAUAUGAAUUCAGCUCUGGAACAGGAGAAAAAAACCCAUCAAGCUGUCAAAGAUCAGCUGAAAAAGAGAGAAGAGGAGCUGAAGAAAGAAUGUGCUGAAAUUGAAGCUAAACUGCACACAGAGAAAAAAGAGAAAGAGGAAGAAAACCGGAAACAUGAGGAAAAGGAGACCAAGCUCACCAUGCAGGUCACAGCCCUGAAUGAAAACCUGGCUACCAUGAAGAAAGAGUGGCAAAGCAGUCAGAGGCGAGUGAGCGAGCUGGAGAAACAGACGGAUGAUUUACGUGGGGACAUUGCUGUCUUGGAAGCAACAGUGCAGAAUAAUCAGGAUGAGAGAAGAGCAUUACUGGAGAGGUGUAUAAAAAGUGAGGGAGAAAUUGAAAAGCUUCAAGCCAAACUUGUAGAAAUGAAGAAAAAGCUGGACAACACUACUGCUGCAAUGCAGGAACUUGGCCGAGAAAACCAGUCAUUACAGAUCAAACACACCCAAGCUCUCAACAGGAAGUGGGCAGAAGACAAUGAGGUACAGAAUUGUAUGGCCUGUGGAAAAGGCUUUUCGGUGACAGUGAGAAGGCAUCACUGUAGACAGUGUGGAAAUAUCUUUUGUGCCGAGUGCUCAGCAAAGAAUGCCUUAACCCCUUCUUCUAAGAAGCCUGUCCGAGUCUGUGAUACUUGCUUUAAUGACUUGCAAGGAUAACUGGCUAUCGUGAGUGACAAAGAAAUGUUACACUAAAAUUUAUAAUUUCUGUUGAUGCACUUCGUUCAGCACUCAGACUACUAUUCAGUUUGGACAAUGAUUGUAACACUUGGCAAAAUCUAGUAUAUUUUAAAAUGUUUAUUGAUACCAAGUAAAACUAUUGUAUUUUUUGUGAGACAUGGGCUCAGAUCAUCCAUAGCUUAUUGCCAUUUAUCCUGGAAAGAGCUUCUAUGUCUAGAUUAGAAAUACCCAGUUAUUUGUAAAUAAAGUUUAAACAGAGGAGUAACAAUGUAUUUUUUUAUCUUUUAUUUUUUUGUUCAAGAGAAACAGCGUUUAUGUGAUAUUGCAGUUUAUUCUUGUUUCCUUCAAAGAAAAAGGAAGAUGCAAAAACUUGUGAGGAUUUUAUGUAUCAAAUGUCACUGUAAAAGCAUAACUAAUUGUUGCAUUUGAUUGCAUAUCUGAUGUUCUUUAUAACCCAUUGUGAUUUUGUUUUCUUUCUCUCUCUCUGGUUCUUGGACUUUUCUCUCUAAAGUUCAGACUCCACACUGAGGGUAAUGGCUGGACUUGACUCCAACUCAGUUUUAUUUGCCUACUUAGAACUUGUUGUAGUAUCAGCACCCAAGUCCUUAUCCAACUAGAGCGCUCAGAUACUGGAACAUCUUUACACAUACUGUAUUGCAUUGUGUGUAUGUGUGUCUGAGAGAGAGUAGGUGUGAACAAAUGAUGAGACAAAGUUCAGCUGGCAUUGUAGGAAUAUUACGUGAUACAUUACAAUAUUCCAUCUCGUAUUGAUUGAUUUCACUUUUACAUAUUUGGUGGAUGGAUUUUAAUUUUCCAGAAACCCCGAUAUGUGGGUUUUAAAAAGCAAACAAACAAUACUGGUAGUAGCCUGUAGUGCAUCUCUUGCCCUGCCCGUACCCUGGAAGCCCUGAGAGGUCCUUGUGGUUCUAAGGGACAUCCAGACCUUCCAUGCUAGGUAUCCUACUAAGAAAAAGUCUUUUUUGAGACUGCUGCAGUUUAUCUGACCUUUUCUUCUGUUCCUUCUGUCGGCUUUUGGUGGAAGAAGCUGAACUCCUGCUAUACCUAACAAACCUCAGUUUUCCAUUGCUCCAUCUGACCCCCAUUACCGGGGGGUCUUAAAUGUUACGUUAGUUAUAUGAUUUAGUCUGCCCAGAACGGUGGUGUGAAUCUCCUGCUACUGGCUUAGUUAUAAACCAAACAGCUCUAAGUAAGAGGCUAAUAUAGAUGUCUUUAGAUAUUUAUUCAUAUUUUCUUUUCUGUACUUGCAACAGAGGUUUCUUGUAGAGUUCAUGUAGGCUCCAAACUUCUUUUUUGUUGUGAUUUUAUUUACACCUGUUCAUUCUUGCCUGCCUGUCUCUAGCUUUUCUUCCCUUUGUAUCUGGUAUUUCAAAACCGUUAAGGUUAUUUCUUCCAAGCGGUGGUUAUGCCUUCCAAUAUUUAGAGACCCUUUGUGUUAAAUAUCAUAAUGAAUUCCCACACCCCAAGCCCUUCUGUGUCUCACAAAAUUUUGCCAGCUGUUCAGAGAAAAGGACUGUGUCCUGAAUUCCUCUGCUUCUUGCCUGAGGUAAGGAAUCAAAUUCUGUCACAAUGAUGGAAGCUUAGCCAUCGUUAGGCAGGUUGGUUUGCUUUUAUCUAUUAGCAGCUCUAUAUGUGAAUGAAGAAGAGUCUCUUUUAUGAAAAAUGUCUAGUCCCGAUAAACUCUCAAGUGAAAAAACUUCUUAAUCCCUCUUCUCCAGAAGUAGUGAUCUAUAUGUUUCAUAUCCCUUCUUAGCUUACCUGUCUAGUUCUACAUUUGCAGCCUCAAGGAGUCUUCCUCAAGGAGUUUUCUUAAAAUUAAAUUCUUGUUUCCCAAAAGCCAGCUGAAUUAUUUAACUGGUUCUCCUCGCUGUAAAAGGGUUUGGGAUAUAACCGUGGUUUAUGUGAAAUACUGACCUGCUUUUCUGGUUUGAACUUGAGAGUUGCUUGCUCAAAAGAAACAAUUGCUGCAGCGAUUCCUUAUGAACAGAGCCUCUGGACUCACUGUUUCUCCUUGUCAGCAUAACUGUUUGGCAUAAGAAUCUUUUGAAUAGAAAAUAUGAACAGAAUCUCUGCCUCUGGGAAUUUUUUUUUCUACUUAUUUAUUUAUUGAGAGAACCCGAAGAGUUUGCUUUCAAGCCUUUCUUUGUCUGACGUGUGACUUCAGAAAUGUGGGAGAAGUAAAGAUGUGACAGUUGUGCUCCAGCCUAGAUGCGCUCUGCCCUCCUGUGUAACACACGGAGCCUUGUGCUGCUCUCAGGGUGAAGGACGACCAUGUGGAGCAGAAGGGAUUUUGAGAGGGAAGAGAGAAGCUUCCCGCAACUGCACAAGGACAAAAUGCAUGAGGCGGAGGAAGAUGGAAAUCUUUCAGGGGGAGCUAGGAAAGUGGUUAAAAGACUCAGUCGUGUUCAGGCAUUUUGCUUUUGAAUGGGAAUGUGUGAAAGCUGAGGAGAGAGCUCUGCAGUAAAGAGGAAGUGGUAGAAGCUCUAGUAGGGUUGUUCUUAAUUCAGCCUUUUGGGAUGCCUUUGUGUAGAGACAGGCAGAGUCACCUCACUCAGCUGGCUGCUGAAGCAGUGCAGUUGGUUGGCCUCAGAUCAGACCUUGGUCUGGAGCUCCUCAGCUUCAGGGGCAAAACCAGCUCAAUUUCUGAAGGUUGCUUUUUGCUGACCAGUUUAUAUGACCAACUUUUCAAGGGGAUGGAAAUGCUUUUCAAGUACACAUUUGUAGAAAGAGGGAUUGUUAAAAUCUGGAGGAACGGUGGUGUGGUAGAAGCUUUCAUGCUUGAGCUUUGAGUCUGCAGCAAUAGGUCAGGAUUUCUACAGCUUUUCACUGGAGUAAAUUUAUGACUCCAUUGCUAAAUCUUAUGCUUCUUCUUUUGUGCUUAUGAUUCUUAGUGCUGGUAUGUAUUUGUUGACAAGUUGAUGGUAUACUAGACCCUAUAAUGCUCUUGGCCUCACUGCCAGGUUGGAAGUUGUGCUCAAGCUCAGUAAAAUGACGUAUGAGAUACAUAAUAAGGGAAACUGGAAGCUGAUAAGCUUUGUAUUUAUAAAUCUGCUUGCAGAGUCUGACUGUUUUGAUGGGCAUGUUUCAGUAGGAACGUGGGUUUUUUUGUUGCACUGCUUUAAAAUAUAAAUAAUAGGAAAACCUAGUAAAAAGCCUGGUAACUUUUACCACGCUGAGUUAAAGGAUUCCAGACAAAAUAGUUUAAUGCACUGAUUUUUCAGCCUGGAAACACAGGAACAGAGGGAAAGCCUAAUAAAAUAGCAGAAGAGACUAGAGCCUUGGAACUGGAGGAUGCACAGUGAUGUAUUUUAACAGCCUCUAGCAAGAACCAGAUGGCUCUGAUUCACUGAGGAGAGGCCAUUAUAGAGCAAGAGGUGGAACUAAUGGUAAAACCAGCGCUCAAACCAGUAGUGUGUGGGAUCCUCAAGCUGCCUUUGAUUACUAGCCAUUAGCAUGGCAUCAGGAAUGGGCCAGUGAAGUGUGGGGUUUGUUCCUGAAACUGUCCCCUCUGCAGGACACUCCAUCCACAUUCAGAAUUGCUGGGGGAGCAGAAUAUGAGAGACCAGCUGCUACGUGGGCUACGACAAGCUACGGAGGCAAUCGGAAGAGCGUAAAGGAUAGUCUUGUUACGGGUGGGGAGAGGUUUUUUAACUUCCUGGAGACAUCACCUCUCUUCCCAGUCGAAGAGCCACAGUCCCUUGCGUUGUUGCCUCCAAAAUGCCAAAUCCUACUGUUCUACUCCAGCCUCAUGUCAGCAAUACAUACUUCAUACUUCUGUCCUGUAACCCUUCUGGAGGCAGGUAGUGUUGCAGAGGUCAGUGGCAGGCUUUUGAUCUUAGCUGGCUGUGCUUCACUGUUACUUAUUUCUUCUCCCCAUGUGUUCCUUCCCUCCAGUAAUCUUCUCCUUUCUGCAAAGGUUGAACAAAGAGGAUAAAGCUAAUGAGUCACAGUGGGAAAAGUUGCUGUCUGCAGAUGAAGAGACAAAAGGCAUUUUCUGCUGCAGCUUCCAACAGAGGCAAGAGGUUUAGAGGGAUCUUGUUUUUCAGCUGGCUUCACUCUCUGGCACAAGAGUCCGAGGCUCUAGGGUACAGUGUGGGUUUCUUCCUCUGUUUUUGGAAGGUAUCAAGUAACCAAGUUGCCAUGGAGUGUGGAGCGCUAGGUACACAAGAACAACGAAUAACUAUUUUUGUUGGGUUUGGAACGAUUAGGAUUAUGUGUGAAUCCUCACUGGAAAAGCUUUCUUAGUGAAGCAUGAAGGGAUUUGGGAGCAGAAGCAUGAAGUAACCUUGCUGUGUUUGUAUUACAUUAGCAAGAACAAUUGAGUCUGUCAUGCUAGGUGUAGGAGAAGUGACGUUCCUAAAGAAGGGACCUGGAAAACUCAAGUACUUUUCUGGAUUGUCAAAUGUCAGUUAAAUGCGAAGUGGGAACAAAUGCUUGUUGCAAAACUUAAAAAAUUUAUGACCAGUACUCAGUGGCAGAUAAAAAACUGCUGGAGCUUAAGUUCAAACAGAAUAUAAACUAUGCCAAGAAGAAUGAUGCCAUGGUUUGAGUAUGUUGAAACUGAUAAAUUACUCCUCGAAGUACCACCCCUCCCACUCUGAUAUUCUUGGAGGACUAGGAAACAACACUGUCAUUUGCACUACGCACUUUUUGCUGUCUAACUGAAUAUAAUCUACAGUAAGUGGAAUGGCAUAAUUUGCAUUGCAUGUGUUAGCUGUAAUCAAUGGACAGAAGGUUUAUCUUCAGCUGGACUUUUCACUGUAUUACACAUUUGGCCCCUUGCUAUGUAAGGAGAAUUGCACUCAUAAUUCCUUUGUACCAAAAAUGCAAUCAUCAUCUGAGAGCACAUGUAACAACAAAAACCAUGUAGUCACGCACACGUUGUCUUUGUAGAACUUCAUUUUAAGAUUAGAAAGUGAGAAAACGUGAAUUUUAUGUAUUUUCAAGGGUCUUGACAGUUGUCCAAUUCUUAAUUUUUGAAGUCUUGAUCUCAGCAUCCCUUCUAGGAUAAGUUUAAAAUUAUUGUCCAACCACAGCCUCUCCAAAAGCAGUACUUUUCAAAAGGUGUACUUUUCAAAAACAGCAAUAAUUGGAUAGUAAAGUCCUGCCACAGAAACUCAGUUUUGGGGGUAUUUUUUUUGUGGUGUUUUUUUUUUUUUUUUUAAGGGGCACUGAAUAAAGACGUUUGCAUCUUUAGAGAGGACAUUAGAUGCCACUUAAGAUCACAAUAAUGAAGAGGAUAGGUACUAGUUAAUGUAAUAAACUCUGCCUUUUAUCUGUAGCUCACCACAUACUAUGCACUCACUGUGCAGCAGAUACAGGAGUAUCUGCUCAUUUGAAGAUUACUGAAGCCCUGCUAACCCUUUUGGAUCAAUGUUACUAUGAAAGCAGAAGCCUGGUAGGCAUGUUUUCCAAUUUUUCCUCCCCCUAUGACCUAAACUGAAAACAAAUUCAUCUGUAUUUCCUGCCUUUUUUGGGUAAAGAGGGCUGGGGAAGAGUGUUCGUCGUUAUAUGUCAACAGGCCAGUCCUGGCAGGUCCAGGCUCCUGCUGUUGGCUUUAUGGCAAAGUACUCCGUUGUAUCACGCUAAAGCUUGAUUCCUGGCACAAAAGGGAUGUUUGAAAGAAUGUCUCGCUGGGUUAGCAAAUACCAGAACUUUUUAUAGUAAUGUGUCCAAAAUGCUGCUUGUAUAGGAUUUGUCACUUUUGUAAGAAAAGAAAAAAAAAAAAAAAUCACACAAAUCAUAAAACCCCACCAUUUGAUGCCGUUACAUAAGAUUUCAUUUAAACUACCUCUCAGCGUGAAAUUCAAACAUUAGGUAAGUUUAAUAAGGUUUGCUCACUGCUAUGUUAUGUAAAAGUUAUAGUGAAUGCCAAAAUUGCAAAAGUUUAUCACCAAAAAGGAAAAAAGUUAAGUCUCUUUUUUAUGUGUUUGAAAGUAUCCAAUAGUUUCAAGCUAUUGUAAACUCCGUUGUAUUCUUUUAACUUGUGUAGCUUCAGUCUUGCAAACUCUAGCUGCUGGACAGGAAAUAAAUCAUAACCACAAGCUUUCAUAAUCACAGUCUGCUGGGUAAAAACAAUUUUGUAUGCAGCUUUGUCAUUUGGCUAUAGAGAGCCUCAUUCACCAAAUGUACCAUUAAUUUAGUCGUCUUUUUUUCUUCAGUACUCGAGAUGUGAACUUGAUGAAUGGUAUUCUGUAAUGGAUGUGUGCCACAAAUUACAUUGUCUUGUUUGCCUCUUUUCUGAAUUUUAAUGAUGAGUUUAUUAUUGCAGAUGUGAAUAUUGCUCAUACAGCUUAAUUUCUGUAUAAUUGUAUAAAAUAUAAAUGGAAAAAGUUUUAAGUUCUUACCCAGUAUUUAGAGGUAAUGUAUUAUAAUAACCUUAUGUUGCAGUUUUACCUACAGAGUACUGCACUUCUUUUAAACUGGAUCAUACCAUCUUGGUAGGUGUAGAUAGACUUUUUGCAUGAGUGUGUUUUGGUUUUGUUUCUUUUUAAUUGAAGUUCAAUUCUCUUAAGUUCUGUUUUCAGUGUUUGUGUUUACUACUUGUGAUCAUGUAGUUGUGCCUUACAUUGUGAAAGAAUUUAGUCCAGCGUGCACUGUAAUUCCUAAACUCUGCGAUUUGGAAGGCGGCUGUGGGAUUUGGAUGAGAAGAUGACACCAUGCAUCAACCGGUUCUGUAUAAACUAUGAUGAAAUGUUAUUGAAAUGUCAUUUUUGUUUUCUAACCUGUUAAAGGAAUGAUUAAUGACAAUAAAAAAAAAAAUUAGA